AUGUCCUACCCAGGCUGGGCUGCAGUGAGGGCCCAGCUCUGGGGAGAGGGACCUCACCUUGUCACAUAUCCUCAGGUUUUCUCCAAAGGCCAAAAGUGCCCCCCACAGGAUUCUCUGAAGAGAGCAGGUGUUCACUUGGGAGCUGGCUCAUGGUUUCUCACAAGGCAAGAGAGCAACAAGCAGGUGGACUGGGCCUGGCUGGGAGAAGGGUCUGGAUGGGGCUCUGGGCAGGCAGAUGAGAAGAAUGGGGAGAAAGAUGUUCACCUGGCAGGAUACUGGGCUCAGCCACAGAGUCCUGGGGAGCAGCAGGACUUGGUUGUUUAUAAGAUGAAAAUAACUUACAUUAAUGUCUUCUUGAAAGCAACUCUUUGUUUGGUAUUGCUGUUUCCAAAGGUGACAAUCACCAGUAUAGCUAGUCACUUCCAAUUUGGAAACCAAGAAGAUGCUCACGAAUUUCUUCAGUACACUCUUGAUGCUAUGCAGGAAGCAUGCUUUCAUAGCAGCUAUGAAUUAGAUAGACACACUCAGGCCACCACACUCAUUUUUCAGGUAUUUGGAGGCUAUCCAAGAUCAAGAGUCAAAUGUUUAAAUUGCAAGGGUGUUUCAGACGCUUUUGAUCUGUAUCUUGAUGUUACAUUGGAGAUACAGGAUGUUCCCAGUGUUAAUGAGGCAUUGGCUCAGUUUGUGAAGCCAGAACUGCUAGCAGGAGAGAUCUGCUACAAGUGUAGCAAGUAUGAUGGGUGCAACAAUAUGGUUCCAGCUUCAAAGAGGCUUUCUAUACACAGACCAUCUAAUGUUCUCACACUGUCUCUGAAAACAUUCUCCAAUUGUACCCAUAGAAAAAUUGCCAAGGAUAUAAAAUACUCAUAAUUUGCCAACAUUAGACCUUACAAGUCUCAGCCCAAUGGAGAACCCAUGCAAUAUUCUUUGUACACAGUGCUGGUCCAGACUGGAUCUAAGUGCUGUGUGGGCUACUACUUCUCUCACAUAACAGCAAGCAAUGGCAUGUGGUACCAGAUGAAUGAAUUCAUGAUAUCACCUAGUGAUAUUUCAUCUGUGCUGAGCCAGCAAGCCUAUGUAUUCUUAUAUAUCAAGACUAAUGAUGUGAAGCAGGGAGGUCAAGUUGCUUGACCCUCUGCCACCCCCAUAAGUUCUCUUCCCACCCAGACACCCAUCAGAGUGCCUCCACAAAAGAGCAGGCUGCACCAGGGUUUAAUUCACAACAGCUGCCAUCUCACAUGA